AUGUUUAUUUAUUUUUUUCAGAGUAUCCCACGAGUUUUCAGCAAAUUUUCCAAUAAAGAAGCCAGAAAACCCUGCAAUCAGGUUAAAAACCGCUAUAUUGAUAUUUUGCCUUAUGAUGAAAAUCGAGUGGUCCUGUCUGAGAUACAUGGGGAGUCUGGAUCAGACUAUAUCAAUGCCAGCUACAUUAAUGGAUUUAAAGAGCCAAGAAAGUACAUUGCUGCUCAAGGCCCUAAGGAAGAAACUAUGACUGAUUUUUGGAGAAUGAUUUGGGAACAGAAGUCAACAAUUAUUGUGAUGGUGACUCGUUGUGAAGAGGGCAAUCGGGUAUGUCAGGAUGGGCAUUAUUUUUGCAACAAUAAUUAUUUGAAAUGCUUU